AUGAGCGAGAGCUACUUAAAAAAACUCGAUGAAUUAUAUCAGUUAGAUAAACACCAGGAAAUAUACGACCAGCUCAGGAAAGAGGAUGGAGAUUAUAGUUCACUGCCCCCAGAACUUAUCUGGCGACUUGGAAGAGCAAUUCGUUAUUUAGUUUUUACAAAGGGCAAAGACGAUAAGCAAUUGAGGAAGCAGUGGCUGGAUGAAGGACUCAGUUUAAUGAAAAUGGCAGUAGAGAAAUACCCUAAUGACAGCCAAUGCAAUACGUGGUAUGGCAUCCUUUUAUCCUUGGAAUCCUUGAAACUAGGACCAAAAAGAAGAAUUGAACUUGCUUAUGUCAUCAGGGAAUAUUUCGAUAAAGCAUACGAAGAAGACUCAAAAAACUUCGUUCUCCUGCAUUGUCUCGGAACUUGGUGUUUUGAAGUAGCACAUUAUAGUAAAAUUGAACGAGAAAUGUCUGCCAUGUUCUUCUCUAGACCUCCUGAAUCCUCUUACGAUGAAGCGCUAAGAUAUUAUUUAGAAUCCUACCAAGUGAAUCCUAAUUUGUUAUUUACCUCUGCACGAAUUGCUCAAUGCUAUGAUAAAUUAAAAAACAAGGAAGCAGCCAAAAAGUGGGCAGAGAAAGCUCUUUCUCGACCUGGGAAAGAUGAGGAAGCACUUGUGAAAGCCUACGAGAUUGACUCACAAUAUUUCGUCCUUCUACAUUGUCUCGGAGCGUGGUGCUUUGAAUUUGCAAAUCUUAAUAGAUUUGAGCGAGAACUCGCCGGUGUUUUCUUUAAAAAACCACCAGAUUCCUCUUUCGAUGAGGCACUGAGAUAUUAUUUAGAAUCUUACAGAGUAAAUCCUAAGUUGAUCUACACAAUUGCUCGAAUCGCACAAUGUUAUGAUAGGUUGAAAGACAAAGAAGCCGCAAAGAAAUGGGCAGAAAAGGCUCUUUCCGAACCUGGAAAGGACGACGAAGCUCUUGAGGUAUGA